AAUUACAGCUGGUUUGAUUAUGUGUUACUUUCACUUGCCAUACCCUGACGCCGAGCACGCUAUUUGACGUCAUCGUGGGAGUGUCGACCAUCGGGAGAAAUGAACGGUCAUCAACACAGCCCCGUCUGCGCCCAUGAUGUGAUUUCUCUAAGUUUCCAAGGAAACGGUGGGCUAAAGUUCAAGAGCUGUUUGAUUUGGGAAAGUCACCCAGAGGAAGCCGGGCCGGAAAUCGGCUCGGAUUGCUGAGCUUUUCUUUCCUUCUGAACUCAUAGAUGCAGAGAUCUGCUGCAGAUGACCACAUCUUCUCCUGAGUUGUGAGUCAGAAGAGAAGAGGCUGAGCUGAUGACAAGCAUGACAUUGAGCCAAGCCACAGAUGCAUGCCCACUCUAAAGCACCAACUGAGCGGCAUCCCCUCCGCUUCCCGGCUUUCACCCGGCCUCUCAGAGGAGGGUGUCGACGGGGCGUAGCUAGUCUCCUGCAAACCCCCACGUAGAGCCUCGCUGUGAAACUGGAGGGGCCCGAUGGAUCAGGGUAGUAGUGAGCAGAGUCCAGAUGAGCCGGAUGCAGGAGGCCGAACGGAGCUGGAGGUCGGCAGGAGGGCGUCGGAGUCAGAGCACGGCUUAUCCAAAAUCACCCAUAAUGCCCUGGAGAACAUGGGAGCGUUGGGGCAUGGCCUGAAGCAGUUCUUCCAGCCACAGCGCCGACGCUCCUCCGUUUCCCCGCAUGACUCCGCCUCAGCCUGCGCGAGCGCCCCUCCCUCCGAGCCUGCCGACGUAGGGUCAGACGUAGGGGACCCUCCCGGCUCCUUGGCCCCCUCCUUGGAUUCUGACAAUCCUGCCACUUCCGCAGCUCUGAGCCGGGUUCUGCAGCAGAUCCGAGCCCCCCCCAUAAUGAAGCGAGGCACCAGCCUGCAGAGCCGGCGCAGCAAAGCAGGGAGCUCUGGGGAGGCUCCCCAGAAAGGGAGCCCACAGAUCCAUCGGCGGAGCACUCAUGAGGCCCUGCUGCAGGCUGGACGCCCACGUUCCUCCUCCACCACAGACACCCCCACCUGUCCUGCUCUGGUGGACGUGCUGCUGACCUCUGGGUACCACUCUACUGAAGAACCUGACAAGUGGGAUCGGUAUGAUGGCUCAGGUCCUGCAGUGUCACCCAAUGCCAUGCCCUACGGUGCUGAGGGCUAUGACUUGGUGGACAGUACCCCAGACCCCCAGCGCACCAAGCAGGCUAUCGCCCAACUGCAGCAGAAGAUCCUGAAGCUCACAGAACAAAUUAAGAUCGAACAAAAUGCCCGCGAUGACAAUGUGGCUGAAUAUCUGAAACUGGCCAACAAUGCAGACAAACAGCAAAGCGCACGCAUCAAACAGGUGUUUGAGAAGAAGAACCAAAAGUCUGCUCAGACCAUCCAGCAGCUACAGAGGAAGCUGGAGCACUACCACAGGAAACUCAGAGAGGUGGAGCACAACGGCAUCCCUCGGCAGCCCAAAGAUGUUUUAAGAGACAUGCACCAAGGUCUGAAAGGCGUUGGAGCCAAGGUAACAGGGGGGCUGUCCAGCUUCUCUCAAGCUACUCAUUCUGCAGCUGGAGCCGUGGUGGCCAAGCCAAGAGAAUUUGCUUCCCUAAUCCGGAACAAGUUUGGGAGUGCCGACAACAUCGCAGCUCUGAAGGACUCGUUGGAGGAAUCACAAGGAGAGGAGGGUGGUUGUCCAGGGGGGUCACGGCCUCUUGGAACAGGACAGUUACAAUCCAGUCCCAGAUACGGCAGCGAGGACGACUGCUCAAGUGCUACUUCUGGAUCGGCUGGAGCUAACAGCACCCCUGGGGCCCCAGGCGGCCCCCCUAGCUCCCGGGGCAAUACUCUUGAUAACGCUCAAGGCUCGGGAUUUGAUGCUUUAUUCCAUGAGAUCAACGAGCUUCGGGAAAACCAGGGUCGGCUAGAGGAGUCCUUUGAAAGUUUAAAAUCCCAUUAUCAGCGGGAUUACACGGUGAUCAUGGAGGCCCUGCAGGAAGAACGAUACAGGUGUGAACGACUAGAAGAACAACUCAAUGACUUGACAGAGUUGCACCAGAAUGAAAUCCUGAACCUCAAACAGGAACUGGCUAGCAUGGAGGAGAAAAUCGCCUACCAGUCUUAUGAAAGAGCACGAGACAUCCAGGAGGCGCUGGAGGCUUGUCAGACGCGCAUAUCCAAGAUGGAGCUCCAACAGCAGCAGCAGCAGGUGGUGGAGGGGCUGGAGAACGCCACGGCACGGACUCUUCUGGGAAAACUAAUCAAUAUACUUCUGGCUGUCAUGGCUGUCCUCCUGGUGUUUGUGUCAACUGUGGCCAACUGUGUCGUCCCCUUGAUGAAAACACGAAGCCGCACUUUUUCCACGCUGCUCCUUGUCAUCCUGCUCGCCUUCCUCUGGAGGCACUGGGAGGCUAUUUCAGAGUAUCUGCAUCAAUUCCUGAUAAACCCCAGAUGACCUACUGGGAGGAACCAAUCAAAGCAAUGAAAGGGACUCUGAAGGUUGAAGGGAAGACGGAUCCACUGAAGGUUGUGUCUUUUUGUCCAGUUCUCGAUCAUACACUUUCUCUAAAAACACUCAGGAGUGUAGAAGAAGUUUGUCACUUUACCACUUUGUGAAGUUUGUUUUCGGAAGUGGAUAAUCAAAAAUAGAGGAGCUAAAAAGGUCUGGCAUCACCUUCUGUCAUGGGUACAAUGGAGGCACGAGCAGCUUACCCUGGUGGGGGGCAUAUUUGAAGGAGGGCCUGAGAGAACUGCACACUGGAUUUCUCUCUGAGUGAAUUUGUUUACAAGUGGAAAAAAAAACCUUACAUUGUUUUUCACCUUAGUUUUUAUCUGUAUUUUAUUCAAUUGGUAUUGCUUUGAAGUCACUGCUAUUUUUAAUAAAGCUUGACCGGUUUUCUCUCUAACUGUAAUGAGCUGAUGGUGUUCUGUGGUUUUAGUGUCCCUGGUUUUUAUUUUUAUGUUUUAUAAGAAAGUUCUCUUUUCAGUCUUUUUUUGUAUUUAAUUUCUCUCUUUUCUCAUCAUCACUGCAUUUCAGCUUAUGUAACAAAGUUCUCCUUCCAGGUCAUCUAAGAUCAGGGGCCUGUGUUUCUGUAUCAGUGCUCUGAGCUCACAUUUGUUACUGAGUCAAACAGCAGGGGGUUGUUGAAUUGCUUCCUUUGGCUGCGUGGAGUCGAUCACACUGGUUUUUAUCACUAACAGGAUGCUACUACCAGAAGAUGUGACCGCCCUCCUCCUCUGACUGGACAUCACACUUUUCCUAGUGACUCUUUCACUGUGGAAAGGAUAAUCUAUAAACUGAAUUAACAUACUUGAAGAGCUGCUAAAAUGCUCAAAGACUUAGUGCUUCCGUACUGUUUCUAUUAGUGACGACAAAAUAUGAACACAUUAGUUUGUUUUGUUUUUUUUAUUUUUGAAUAAUAAAUAAAUUUGCUGUUUUAAAAUGCUA